AUGAAGGUCCUGGCAGCCGCCCUGGUCGCUCUCCUCCUCAUGGCCACCUGCUCCACGUCUGAAGCCCACCUUGAUGGUGUCCCCACCACCUGCUGCUUCAGCUACCAGCAACGCCCGGUCCCACGGGGCCUCGUUGCCUCUGUCUACAUCACCAGCAGCAGCUGCAGCCAGCCAGGAGUGAUCUUGGUCACCAAGAAGAAGAAGGAGCUGUGUGCAGAUCCUCAGGCACCGUGGGUACAGGCCCUUCUGAAGCACUUCCAGGCCCUUAAGAACUGA